AAGACCUAACGCUGAGAAAUAGAGACCAGACCAGACCAGACCAUAUCAAUAUUCACUCUACACACCAGACUGCUGAAUUUUGAUCAGACGGUAAUCAUGCCGAUCAGAAACAUAGCCGUUGGCCGGCCCGAAGAGGCUACUCACCCAGAUACUCUUAAAGCAGCUUUGGCUGAGUUCAUCUCAACCUUAAUCUUCGUUUUCGCUGGGUCAGGCUCAGGCAUGGCCUUUAACAAGCUGACCGACAACGGAUCAACCACCCCGGCCGGUCUCGUUGCCGCCUCUCUGGCUCAUGGCUUCGCACUUUUCGUCGCUGUCUCUGUUGGCGCUAACAUCUCCGGUGGCCACGUCAACCCUGCCGUCACCUUUGGUGCUUUCGUUGGCGGGAACAUCACUCUCUUACGUGGCAUCGUUUACUGGAUCGCCCAACUCCUUGGCUCAACGGUCGCUUGCCUGUUACUUAAGUUCGCUACCAGCGGCCUGGCUGUACCAACUUUUGGAUUGUCAUCAGGAGUGGGGGUGUGGAACGCGUUCGUUUUCGAGAUCGUUAUGACUUUCGGAUUGGUGUACACAGUCUACGCCACAGCCGUUGAUCCUAAAAGAGGAAGUUUGGGAGUGAUCGCACCAUUGGCAAUUGGUUUAAUUGUAGGGGCCAAUAUUUUGGCGGGUGGUGCCUUCGACGGAGCCUCCAUGAACCCGGCUGUUUCAUUUGGACCUGCCUUGGUUAGCUGGUCCUGGGAAAACCACUGGGUCUACUGGGCGGGACCCCUUAUCGGUGGUGGACUCGCCGGCCUCAUCUAUGAGUUCGUCUUCAUCAGCCACACCCACGAGCAACUCCCCUCCACCGAUUAUUAACUGGAUUUUAUUUAAUUAAUUGUCGUAUGAAAGCGGAUUUUCUCCGGUGUAUUUAAUUUGUAGAGUUUCAUCUUUCUUUUCUUUUUUUCCUUGUAUUUGUAUUAAUCUGUGCCCGUUGAUCAUGUUGACUUUUGAUUUCUAUCCUCUAUCAUGAUCAUCAAGUGGCAGAUGUUUGCAAUUUGCAUGCACUGGAAAAUAACAUGAUUGCAUUUCCUGUUUC